AGAAUUUACCAAGUUGUAGUGUGCAUUUCAACGUUUGUUAAUUCUCAGCAGAGCACAAAUAAUUGUACAUAUGUAUAUAAAAAUUCAGUAUUUCAGACGAAAUUGACUAUUGGAAUAAACGUAAAAACAAUAGCUAGAGAUUGAUUUGGAAAUCGGCACUUAUUAACAGUAUGAUGAACACAUCUCAGCUGCAGGCGACCGGAGAUACGGAAAAAAAAAGUCAGUUACUUAAAAAGGAACUCAAAAUAAACACCCAGGAAAAGCUUAUCUUUGCAGAAAAUGCUCUCAAAAGCCAGAUUAAAAUAAAGGAGCAGUUACGGCUUCAACAACAAUCAACGAUGUAUGCGUCGUCACUAUUCAACUCUUCUUCUGGCAGAUCAGUAAAAGCACCGCUCUUAAACCAGCGGAAUCUUAAUUCUAUCCAGCACCACAUGAAUUUCGACCUGGCCCAAACGCAAAAACCGCAAAUGCAACCACCGAUGAGUAAGUCGCCCGUUGGAUUGGACUCAACUUAUUUCACUUAUCCAAGCACAAGUACUAAUGGAAGUAUGAUAUCGAUUAAAAGUGAACAGCAGUUGUGUCAUAUCUACAAUUCGCAGCAACACUCUGACUACAUUAUAUCCGAUUAUAUGGAUAAAAUUGCAACAAGGAUUAGUUUACUCGAGACAGAGCUAAAGUUUGCUUGGCGUGCCUUGGACUUGCUUUCUACGGAGUACGGAAAGAUUUGGACUCGUUUGGAGAAGCUUGAAAACAUAUCAAUAGAACAGCAGUCUGUCGUUGGUAAUCUCAUGGAUCUUAUCGGAGCAUCAAAACAAGAACUAAAUCAAGUCGAUAUCGAAAAAAUGGAAGUACCUUUAUAUCAGGAUGAAGAUCAAUUACUACCGUUGAUAAUGGAAGACACAUUGGAUAUAGAUAUCCAACAAUCUGAUCGUGACUAUGAUAAGAAACUUACUUUUGAAAAUCAUAAUAACACCUUUGUAACCGAACUAACGCAAGCUACUGAAUCCAAUGAGUUUAUGAAUUCCGCUUGCGCAAUAGAUUCCCAUCCAAAUUUUGAAAACGUUGCAUUGAAUGACAAUAGCUUGGAACUUGGGAUAAUUCAAUUUGGUUUUGAAAAAGGUUAUGAGCCAAAUCAGAAAGGAUCGGAUUUCGAAGCUUCACAAAAGGAAUCAAAAAUUAAACUUUACUCAGAUUCUGACCUUAUGUUAUAUGAAAGGCAGCAGUUUCUAGCAAAUAGCGCCCGUGCCGAAUUAAUGAAGGAAUUUUUAAAUGGACGUCGAGUUUUAAAUGAAAUUUCGGCAUCCUCAGGUGCAUUGUCUAAAAGUUCUAAAAGGGGUACAGAUCUUGUACAGCCAAGAGAACCAUUUAUUAAUGACCACUCGCAUUUCGAGACAGAUGAUAAAUACGAGAGACAGACAAGCAAUGAACAUGACAGUGGUGAUACGUUUUUUCGAUUAGCAGCCUCUAAAACAGGCGAGGGUGGAAUCCAGGUACUACCCAUUGAAGACACUGGAGGAACAAAAAGUCCAGCUAAUAUUAAUGAAGUGGACGAAUCUUUUUAUAAAAAACUAAACGAGGCUUAUCGUGACAAUGAAUUGAGCUCUGAGAUAUUUAAGGUAGAUGCCUUACUACAUAAGUCUGGGGCCACACAUGACCAAAUCUCAUCUAUCCGUAACCACUCAGCUGAUUCCCUUCUUUUAAACAAUCAGGGGGUGAAGGAUAUUACAGAUAUACAAUCUUUGCAGACUGCAAAAACCAGUAUCGUAAUGCAGUCAAAUCCAAAUUUGAACAAAGAAUCAAGAAAGCAUAGAAAAAAAAAACAUCAUACAAACGAAAUGGAUAUGAUUAAUAAACUAAAGUGUAUCCUAGCACAAGCACAAUCAACACAAAUUAUUGAGGUAGACACGGAAGAAUUGGGUUCUACACUUUCAACUCCGGGUGGUAAACCAACUGAAACGGAAGAUAUUACUAUGCAAAAUGAAUCAGACAAACAGAGUAGUACCAGAUACUUAAGAGAUGAUAUACGGAGAAUUUUAAAUAACGUAAUACAGACCUUAUUGGAGGAAAUAAAUAAAAUUACAGGCCUACAAUCAUUGAGUGCAACACAAAUAAGUCAGCUACGAAAUGCUGUAUGGUCAGAAGAAAAGUUUUUUCAAAAAAUCUGCCAAGUCGAUAAAAAAUUGACUUUGCUCUUACUUAAUCCGUUAACAGUAACAGAAGAACUACAAAGACUUUGCAUUUCAAACACAAAUGAAAAGUUUGUGCUGGUGAUGAAAAAGUUAAAAAAAAAUAUUGAUACACUAAAAAAGUUAGUUGGCAGCUCAUUGGAUGAUUUGAAAAUAGAUAAUUCACAUGCAAAUACGACCACAUCUCACAGUCUUAAUUCAUCCCUUAAUUCUAAUGUUAGUAGUUUUAGUGCACAUUUAUUAAGAAACAACUCUAAUCUGGAUGAACAGUUGAAAAUUAUUGAAACUCAAGAGAUUGAAAUACACCGGAAAAAGAAAAUAGACCAAAUUAAGAGCGCACUUUCCGAAGAAGUCGAUACUUUAAACCCAGAUAUUGAAUAUAAAAGCCAUAAUAGUUGUACCAACUCAACUGAAAAUAUUUUAAGCUUUACAAAAAAUAUUUACAAUGAAGAUGAAUACAUAAAGUCUUUAAAAAAGAGUCUGGAACGCCACAAUAGCAUGAUUUUUUUACUCCACUUGCAAAAUCCUGAAAAACACAAAGUAUUGGCUGAUAUAAAUGAUGCACUAGAUUCAAACCGAUCCAGUCUCAGUCCUCCACCACCAGCUCCAACCGAUACAAUUAACUUAAAUGAGGCCAUUAAUCAAAUUUCAUAUCAACAACGAAAUGCAAAAUCAGACUCGGGCCUAUCGUCGAUGAGCGGCUGGUCACCCAACUCCCAAGUGUCGGUUGGAAUUCAAACCUACGAUUUUGUCUGUAAUAAUAUUUAUGAAAGUUGUAGCGAAAGAUUGCCCUUAGCUGAAAAUUCAAACCUUCACAGUUUACCAGUCAGUUAUGAACAAACUCAAAAAAAUAUUAAAAAUGAGUGUGUAAUAUUAGAAGAAAAUCUAAACUAUAUUUAUGAGCUUUCUAAAAAUUUACCUAUUUGCUCUGCCUAUGAAAAUAAGUCUAUUUUCGAUAUGAAUAGCGACUCAAAUGAAAUAAGAAAAUUUUCCACUGUUGACGAAAUGCUGGAAUGGGACCAGCUCAAUGAACCGGAUAAACAAAACUUUUCUGCGAAACGGGUAAACUCGAACCUUAUGCCAGACCUUCUGACUGCGCAAACACAAAAGUCCUCAUUAAAGCACAAUAAAAAAACAAGUAUGAAAAUUGAAUAUGUUGGACAAGAGGAAAAUGGAAGCAUGACAAGGAGUAGCAUCAUAGAACCAAAUAUUUAUAACGAAAAAUCGCUAAAUCAAUUUUGCAGACCUUGUUUGACAGAUAGACUAGUAUUUUAUCCCUCAUCAAACUCUAAUACCGAUCACAAUAGCAGCCAUAAUUUAAAUUAUUUGGGUCAACAGGAUCAAACGCAGAUUAAUAAGGUAUUCGGAUCUGUACCUUCGAAUCAAGUUCCAAUGAACUAUCCUGGUAGUUAUUCUAAUGGUCAGCCGGAGGAUCUUAUUGACGCAACGAACUCAAGUCAACUGGAAUUCGAGGUCGAAUCGGAGUCACUGUUCAACUCUCCUAAUACUUCUUGCUAUUUUAAACAACAAAGGUUUGUUCAAGAAACAUCUCCUGCAAAGCCUUUGAAGGUAUGGAACAGGCUAAAUACCAUAUUAACACAAAAUCUAAAGCUUAAGCGGCCAUCAAAGUUUAAUAGAUCACAGUCUUUACCCGGUGAUGUGCAAAGCCAAGGCGUCCAGAGACAGCCUCGUGGCCAGGCCGGCUCGUGUCCGUUUCUUUCUCACAAGCGUUUCACUCUAGGCGGAAGCCAGGUUCAGUUAUCGAAAAGAAUUCAAAAGUUUCCAAUGCGUUUUAUGCGACGAGCAACAGGAGCCCCAUUCGUGCGGCGCUUGUCAAACCCAGACUCCGCUGUUUCAUUCGAUUCGGCUGCCGAUAAACGCUUCUCAAGCGAAAGAAGUUUACAAAAAAAAUCACUUUCGUCUAAGAUGAAUAGUUUAAUGCAAAAGGCAAAGAAGUACAAACGGCACAGCUUUGUCCUGCGCCGCGGCUGUAACAUGUCGGAUUCUAAAUGGGAGACGCCAGACUUUGCUUCAUCGGAUAACGAUAAAAGUUCGAUAUCAGCAAGUGAAAUUUUGUUGAAUCAAUCGGACGAGGUAGAAGACGAACUGGAUGAAGAUUUUAAUGAUAAAAAUGGGCGUGACUUUGACUAUAAAAGUGAAUUAGGUGGUUCAAUUGAGAAGUUAAAUGGCAACCUACCAAAAAAUCUAUUUGCUAUUGUAGGUGACCUAAAAAAGAUUCAAAACCCCUUACCACUGGCUGUCUCAACAGAAAUUUCUCUUUUUGAACAUAAAAAUAGUAAUAAAUAUGAAAAUCUUAAAAAUGCACCCAUUGCAAUGCCGAAGAUUCUCUUAGAGACGACACCACAGGCAUGCCAUCAAGAACUCAAAUCAGCACAUUCUGACGAUGAAGUCGUUAAGAACUCACUUGGAAUCUCGGUCAAAAAUAAUGUAAAUACCCCCACGCUUAGUAUAUCUCAGACGAUUGAAGAUGAUUUCGUCCCAACGAUGACUACAUUCCUUAGAACAGCAACGACAACUACAACUACAACUACAACGAUAAACAGCAGUCGUAAUCUCAAUGGCACUAGCGCUUUAUGGGUCACGCAGCAGUGCUUAGACCUUCCAAACAAUCCCGGGUGUGGGUCGCGAGAAGAUGACGAUAAUCGCAGUCAGCAUUCUGCUCGCACUCUCUCUUCUUCUCGUCGACAAAGCACUGAAGAUAGCAUUGAUACAGACGACGAAUACUUUUAUUAUGAGCUUCGCCAGUUAGAGGAGCAGGAAAAGCAACGGGCUCAAAUUUCUGCACUUUCAUCUUUCAAACGACAAGAUGACAAUGGGGUAUUGUUUUCACAAAUUGGACAACUUCUUCAAAACGAUGUUAACGGAGAAGACUGUUUUCGCCCUUCUUCUGAUGGAACACAAGACUGUUUUCGCUCUUCUGGUGCCUAUAAGGAUGGAGAAGACGCUAUUAUUUAUUCUCCAAGUGAAAGUGUAAAGUUACGGAUGUCUGAUGUAUUUAUUGAACUGAAAAACGUGGUUAGUUUAGUCCCAGGCAUAUAUGAUGACAGUGUGGUAUACGCAGCGUCUGUCGCGACUAUUGAAGGAACUUCUAUUGUGAAACCCACAUGUGAAAAACUUGCGACAGUUUCCGACAUGCACAGUGCUUGGCAGGAUGUUGGUGAUUUACAUAUAACAACAUCCGAUAUUGAUUCUAAUGACGACCUAAUUGCAAAUAAGGGCAGGGAAACUGUCAUUUAUUUAAAUAACAAACAACGAAAAUUGAGACGAUUAAAAAAAAAAACACGCGAUCGUAAAAUAAAUACAUUAAACAGUGCAGCUAGUUCCAGUUCGUCUUGCCAUUCUGAAAAUGAAUGUGAGCAGUAUGAACGUAAUACACCACUUGGAAAAUGUACUCAGAGAUUGGAAGCGGAUAAAGCUGAGGAUGAAAUAUCCCAUAAAUCGGAAGCAUCUAGCGAGACAUCAGGACCAGAUACGCCAGCAGAACUGAGCGAUGUUGAGAUAAGCGAAACUGAAAACGGUGUGAGGGCUGCCGGACAGAAUAUAGAUGACAUGCACGAAAAUUCAGAGGCCCUCUUAAAGGCUAAUCUGACGUCCCUAUUACAUGACCACAAUUUAAAAAACCAGUCUCUGGAAACAUAUCACCAUAAUACGCACAUAUUAAAGAAUAUUACAAGUAAAUCACUUUCAACGCAGAACCAAAUUGACUCAAAAAAGUUAAUUAGUCAAGAAUUAGAUGCUGAUGGAACACAAGCUUUAGGCAAUGAAACUGGUCUUGGCAGUAGCAAGUGGAAAUUGCUAAAAACUUUAAAGGAGCGCAAGAUCGAGGAAAAAAAUAAUCAAGAUAAAAUUAAGGAAGACGAAAUGACAAAGGACAGGGACAAGAAUGGAGGUGGUACUGGAGAAGUGGGAUUACGUACGAAUGGUCAUCCCGGUGAUAAUCCAUUCUAUAGCAACAUUGACAGUAUGCCGGACAUAAGGCCUCGUAGAAAAUCUAUUCCUCUUGUGUCUGAGCUGGUUCUCAAGACAAUGGCCGCUACAAAACGAAAUGCUGGACUCACAUCUGCUGUUCCGCGUGCAACGCUUAAUGACGAAGAUCUGAAAAUGCACGUGUACAAAAAAGCUCUACAAGCCCUGAUCUACCCUAUAUCUUCCACAACGCCACACAAUUUUUUGUUAUGGACUGCUACGUCACCGACGUACUGCUACGAGUGCGAGGGUCUUUUGUGGGGAAUAGCACGACAAGGGGUGCGAUGCACUGAGUGCGGUGUAAAGUGUCAUGAAAAAUGUAAGGACCUGCUGAAUGCGGACUGCCUACAGCGUGCUGCCGAAAAAAGCUCAAAGCACGGCGCGGAAGACAAGGCUAACUCCAUUAUUACAGCCAUGAAAGAUCGAAUGAAGCAACGUGAACGAGAGAAGCCUGAAAUUUUUGAGUUGAUUAGAGCCGUAUUCAGCGUUGAGGAGAAGAGUCAUACCGGUCAUAUGAAGGCUGUAAAGCAAAGCGUCCUGGAUGGCACAAGCAAGUGGUCGGCAAAAAUAGCAAUCACAGUGAUUUGUGCUCAAGGCCUGAUAGCGAAGGAUAAAAGCGGUACCAGUGAUCCAUAUGUGACGGUGCAGGUUAGCAAGGUGAAAAAACGAACGCGAACAAUGCCGCAGGAACUUAACCCUGUGUGGAACGAGAAGUUUCACUUCGAAUGCCACAACUCUUCUGACCGCAUAAAAGUUCGAGUUUGGGACGAAGACAAUGACCUGAAGUCGAAGCUGCGUCAGAAAUUAACUCGAGAGUCGGACGACUUUUUGGGCCAAACAAUUAUUGAGGUUCGUACUCUUUCUGGUGAGAUGGAUGUAUGGUACAACCUGGAAAAGCGCACAGAUAAAUCGGCCGUGUCAGGCGCCAUACGGCUUCAUAUAUCUGUUGAAAUUAAAGGCGAGGAAAAGGUAGCUCCUUACCAUGUACAAUAUACCUGUCUACACGAGAACCUUUUUCAUUAUCUUUGUGAAGAAAAUACCGGAAUGGUAAAGUUGCCAACUCAAAAAGGGGACGAUGCUUGGAAGCUGUAUUUUGAUGAAAUACCCGAGGAAAUUGUCGACGAGUUUUCUAUGCGAUAUGGAAUUGAGAAUAUCUAUCAAGCAAUGACACAUUUCCACUGCUUAUCUGCUAAAUACCUUUGUCCAGGGGUACCAGCUGUAAUGAGUACCCUGUUGGCAAACAUAAAUGCUUAUUAUGCUCAUACGACUGCUUCCUCAGCUGUAUCGGCCAGUGAUAGAUUUGCUGCCAGCAAUUUUGGGAAAGAAAAAUUUGUUAAGUUGCUGGACCAAUUGCACAACUCACUAAGGAUUGAUUUGUCAAUGUACAGAAAUAACUUUCCUGCAUCGAGCCCAGAAAAGUUGAUGGAUCUAAAAUCUACAGUCGAUUUAUUGACCAGCAUAACAUUUUUCCGCAUGAAGGUACAAGAGCUAUCUAGCCCGCCGAGGGCAAGUACUGUAGUCAAGGAUUGUGUUAAAGCAUGCCUAAGAUCCACAUAUCAGUUCUUAUUUGAGAACUGCUAUGAACUCUACAAUAGAGAAUUUCAGGUUGAUCCCAAUGAAGCUAAACGUGCGCCAGACGAUCACGAACCAAAGCUUGAUAGCGUUGACUUCUGGCACAAGCUUAUAGCUUUAAUCGUAUCUGUAAUAGAUGAAGACAAAAACAGUUACGGAACCGUUUUAAAUCAAUUUCCCCAAGAGCUCAAUAUUGGACAGUUAUCAGCCUCUUCAAUGUGGCAUCUCUUUGCUGUGGACAUGAAGUACGCGCUCGAGGAACACGAGCAGCAUCGUCUAUGCAAGUCAUCCGCUUAUAUGAACCUUCACUUUCGAGUUAAGUGGCUAUACAGUAACUACGUCAAGGAGGUGCCUCCCUACAAGGGAGCGGUUCCCGAUUACCCAGCAUGGUUCGAGCCUUUUGUGAUGCAGUGGCUAAAUGAAAAUGACGAUGUUUCAUUGGAAUACCUUCAUGGUGCAUUUAAGAGGGACAAAAAAGACGGGUUUCAAAAGAGCAGCGAGCACGCGCUUUUUUCAAAUUCUGUAGUCGACGUUUUUACGCAAUUGACGCAAUGUUUCGAUGUUGUUAGCAAACUCGAGUGUCCUGAUCCAGAAAUUUGGAAACGUUACAUGAGGCGUUUUGCUAAAACAAUCGUAAAAGUGCUAAUAGCCUAUGCGGAUAUUGUGAAAGUAGAGUUUCCAGAGCAUAUGAAGGAUGAAAGAAUCGCUUGCAUACUUAUGAACAACAUUCAACAACUGAGGGUGCAGUUAGAAAAAAUGUUUGAGUCUAUGGGUGGGGAUAAGCUAGAGGAGGAUGCCGCGAAUAUUUUAAAAGAACUUCAGCAAAAUCUUAACUCAGCGUUGGACGACUUAGCUUCACAAUUCGCAAUAAGUUUGGAGCCACGAAUAACUCAAUCAGUGCGAGAACUUGGGGACAUGUUGCUUUCUAUCAAAGGAGGCAGUGGAACUCUUGCUGUUGGUAAUCUUGCAGCCCAAAGGAACGCGGUCGCCGUUGAGGCCGAUGAAGUUUUAAGGCCGCUAAUGGAUUUACUCGAUGGAUCUUUAACUCUCUAUGCGCAAUCAUGCGAAAAAACUGUAUUGAAGAGAUUACUAAAGGAGUUAUGGAAGAUCGUAAUGCGAAUAUUAGAGAAAACAAUUGUUUUACCACCUAUGACUGAUAAAACUAUGAUGUUUAAACACCUUACUGACAAUGCGAAAAACUUGGCAUCCAAUGCAAAAAUUGAAGACAUGGGUCGUUUGUUCAAGUCACAUAUGGCAGGAAAGCAGGAUGUUAAAAGUGCUCUGAGCGGGGUAAUGGACAUAUCAAAAGAAGUGGAAAAAAACUUGUCACCCAAGCAGUGCGCGGUGCUUGACGUUGCCUUAGAUACAAUAAAACAAUAUUUUCACGCGGGUGGCAAUGGACUGAAGAAGACCUUUCUCGAAAAGUCGUCCGAGCUUCAGAGUUUACGUUACGCACUCAGUUUAUAUACACAAAUGACCGACACAUUAAUCAAAACCUUUAUAUCAAGCCAAGUUCACGAGGUCGAUCCAGAAAACUCAGAAGAAAGUGUCGGCGAAAUAUCCGUGCAAAUAGACUUAUUUUCCCAUCCAGGCACCGGUGAACAUAAAGUAAACGUGAAAGUUGUUGCUGCUAAUGACCUUAAAUGGCAAAUACCAUCGGGUAUGUUCAGACCAUUUGUUGACAUUAAUUUAAUCGGACCACACCUGCAAGAAAAAAAAAGAAAGUUCGCUACAAAGUCGAAGUCUAAUAACUGGUCACCCAAAUACAACGAAUCAUUCAGCUUCACCAUUGGAAAUGAGGAGCAGUUAGACUUCUUUGAAUUGCACAUUUGCGUCAAGGACUAUUGUUUUGCUCGUGAUGAUCGACUUGUAGGCGUAGCCGUAAUUCCAUUAAAAGAUAUAUCGGAAAAGGGAUCGGUCGCAUGCUGGUUACCCUUAAUGAGGCGUAUCGAAAUGGACGAAACGGGUUGGACCAUUUUAAGAAUUUUGUCGCAGCGAAAUAAUGAUGAAGUGGCCAAGGAAUUUGUCAAACUGAAAUCGGAAAUACGGCAGGAGCCAACCAUGGGCACAUAAGUCGGGCAUCUCGUACUACCAAGUCCUCAAAACUACUAUAAUAUUAAAUACUACAUAACAUUGUUUAAUUUGCCAAAACGACUUUAUUUGAAUUUAUUUUUUAGAGGUGUUUAUAUUACAUAAAUUCGUAGGCAAGAAUGAAGAAACAAUAGUAUAAUAAAGGAAAUCGUGGAUAAUAUAUGAAUAUAAA